CGUACACGGCCCAAAAUACUUUGCCCCUAAAUAUUCACCCAAAUAAACAAACCUUUUCAAAAUCCUCUCCUUACCAUUAUUCUGCGUUUUCAAUCGCCAUGGGAAGGAGGAAAAGCAGAAACCUAAAACAGUGGGUUCCAAAGAAAACUCCGGCGCCGGCGCCAGCUGCUUCAUCCUCGGCCCCUCCGCCGCCGUGGAUCGAACUUCCCGGAGAUGUAACGGCCAACAGGAAAAGCAGAAUCCGAAAACAGUGGGUUCCAAAGAAAACUCCGGCGCCGGCGCCAGCUGCUUCGUCCUCGGCCCCUUCGCCGCCGUGGAUCGAACUUCCCGGAGAUGUAACGGCCAACAUUCUGCAGAGGUUGGGCGCGGUGGGGAUGCUGAGGAGCGCGCAGCGAGUGUGUAGUACCUGGUGGAAAGUUUGCAAGGAUCCCGCCAUGUGGCGAGUGAUCGUUUUGCACUACCCUCGUAUGAUCGAUACGUACACUGCCAUGUCCAUGUGCCGCCCCGAAGUCGAUUGGAACCAGAGGCAAUUGGUCGACCUCGCCAUUGACCCCUUCGGCAACGACGAACUGAUAAACUACGUCGCCGAUCGAUAUCGCAAAAUCUCAAACGAGGAUUACAUUGCCAUGUGCCGCCACGCAGUGGAUCGGAGCCAAGGGCAAUUGGUCGACCUCACCAUUGAAUACUUCGGCGACGGGGAACUGAUAAACUACAUCGCCGAUCGAUCACGAAAUCUCAAACGUCUUAAACUUGUAUUUUGCCAUCAGAUGUCUGAAGGUCCUUUAGUUCAAGCGAUUGAAAAAUUUGAACAGUUAGAAGAAUUACACCUUACUAUGCUCCCAUGGAUUUCACCUGACCAGAUUGAAGCUAUUGGCAAUUCUUGCCCUAAGUUGAAAUCAUUCUCAUAUAACGAACGUGGUUCAAAGUACCCGCAUCCGCCAGAUUUGGAAGAUGAUGAUGAUGAUGAUAUUAUUGAAGGAUUUGAUCGGAAUGUUAAUGCUAGAGCAAUCGGAAAAUGCAUGCCUAAUUUGCAUCAUCUUCAACUUUUUGCACAUGAUAUGCGAAAUGAAGGACUUGAAGCCAUCCUUGAUGGCUGUCCACGCCUUGAAUCACUUGACAUCCGGCAAUGCUUUGGUCUCGAUCUUAGAGGGGAUUUAGGGAAAAGAUGCCGUGAGCAGAUAAAAGAUCUGAGACUCCCUAAUGACUCGGUUAGUGAUGUAUCAUGGCUUGUUGAGGAACUAUCUGAAUCGGAUUAUGAAUGUUACGGCGACUAUGAUUACUGUAACUAUUAUGAAGAUUUAGAUUAUGAAUCUUACGACGACUUCACUAAUCCUCUUGGCUAUGAAUCCUUCAACGAUGACGGACCUGGGAUUUUCGACUACGACUACUUCUGAGCUAGGAACAGGAUCGUAGCAGAGAGGGUUUUUGUGUUGCUAGUUGAUUUCAAGUGGUUAUGGCUGCAUUUUUGGGACUUUCAAUCUAUCUCUGGCGAGAUACCAAUGGUAGUAGCAACAUACAUUUUUGGAAUUUCACCUAACUGUAUGCAUAAGAAUAUUUAAUCGCUAUGUCCUUCACCGUUUAUAUAUGGUUUAAAUGUUUGAUGAUUCUUGCUUU